AUGGAUCCUCCAUUGCUCAAGCUUUUAAAGCUCUGCAACUUGCUCCGUCCAUUUCCUCUGGCGAGGUUCUUGCCAAUCUGUUCCGCUGCCGCCGUUCUUCUGACUUCGGCGAUCUCAACAUCGGCUUCUUUUCUCUGCUCUUCCUCAGCCAUUAAAGGGUUUCCGUCAGACUUUCUUUCCCAGCAAAGGCUUGAGGAAACUAUUGGAUUUGCCAUUGCUAAGGAUCUGUUGGCCGAUAUUCCUGAUUCAGUUGAUGUCCAAUCAGUGCCAACCCAGCCAAAAUCGAAGACAAAAAGGAUCAAGAAGGCUCAGCCAAAGGCAAAUGUGACUCAAAUUGACACCGAAGAUACUUUGCCGAUCUCGAAAUUAGCUUCGAGCGAGAAAACUACAUCUGCUGCCGAGAAGAGGCCAGCCGAGGCCCAACAAUCUGAAUCCCCAAAAUCAAAAAGGCCAAGGUCAUUUGCUACAACCACCUCGGGGUCUCUGAAGCACGAUGCCCCUUGGGCUCCCCAAGUCACACUGGAGGAUAAGCCAGUUAAGGCUAGCGAUAGUGCCGAUGACAUAAACGUCGGCGUUACCCUUAGUACCGCUCUGCUCCUUCCUGGCGAUCUCGACCGGAAUACCGAGCUGAGCGAAUAUGAAAACUAUGCUCUGAUGCUCCAGCGCUCUGUCCAAGCCAUCCAGCAUGCUCAUUCAUUCUCAAUACAAUCCUUUGAGAACUGGAAAGAACUGGUCGAUAAGAAGAGAGAAGUUACCAGUCUGCAAAGGGCCAAUAAAAGCUUGCAAUCAAAAAUGAAGAAGCUGGAAGACCAGGGCGAGGUUGCCAUCAAAGUUAAGGACGAUGCCGAUGAAAAAACAGGUGCUGCUGAGGCCAUUAACAAGGUUCUUGAGGCCCAGAGGAAAGAGUUUGAGGAAAAGAUGGCCCAAGCCCAAAAAGAACUUCAGGAUGCCUUGGCCACCAAAGACGCUGAGCUCAAGGCAGCCGAUGAGAAGGGCUAUAACGAAGGGGCGGCCGAUGUCAUAUCAGACUAUGAAAAGAACGCCGACGUCAUUCCACUUCUAUUCCCUCCAAUUCCAACUCAAUCCGACGACGAAUCUGAGUCCGAGGAGGAGACCUUGGGUGAGGAAGCCCCCAAGGAUGCUACUCCUGAGAAGGCGUCAUCGGACGUGCCCCUUGCUGACAAGAGCCUCGAUCUAACCGUUCAAGAAAUUGAUGCUGAGCUUGCGGUCGAGAAGGUGGCCGAGAUGUCCUCCCAGCAGUCUUCCGAGAUCCAGACCCAGCCUGCUAAUGAUGCUGAAGAAUCUUAA